CUUGUAAAGAGUAAACGUUGCUAACUGGAAGCAAAAUUGCAAGCAAAAUGAAUUGUGUAAAUUUGUAUUUACGUAUUGUACUUAUUCUUGUGUUGUUUGUAGGAAUAGCUUUUGCAAACCAAGAAGAACCAGUAUGUACUUCACGAUUUGACUAUGACCACAAAAUGUUACAGAAAAUGAUAAUGUUAGAAAUUGAACAAAGAAAUACUAAAACCAUGUUGGAGGAAAUUAAAGCGGCGCUUUCUAAACAGAAAGAUGAGAGCAAUCAGGACAAGUCCGUGUUGAAAACCAUUGAGGAUAAAGUGAGAACAAUUGAAAGUUUGAAUUCACUAGCCGGAACGGGAAAUACGUAUGUGAGAUGGGGAAGAACACAAUGUCCAGAAAAUGGAACAGAGUUGGUUUACAAAGGUUACGCUGGUGGUUCCCAUUAUAGUAAUAAAGGAGCUUCCGCCAACUAUUUAUGUCUACCGGAAGAACCGUUGUGGAAUGUAUACGAAGACGCUGAGCAGGACGCAGGCACAGUCUGGGGAGCAGAAUAUGAUGAAUUGUAUGGUAGAAAUAUGAAUAAUUUCUUUGGAAAAGAACUGGUUAAUCAUGACGUUCCAUGUUGUGUAUGUCGUACGAACAAGGCAAGCGUUCUAUUGGUCCCAGGCCGGAAUAAAUGCUAUGAUGGAUGGACAUUGGAAUAUGAAGGCUACCUGUCGGGCGGACAUGAUACACAUCAUGCUGCUGAAUUCGUUUGUCUUGAUGCGCAACCGGAGGUAGUGGAAGGCGGACACGCGAGUAAAGAUGGAAAACUGUUCUAUUUUGCUGAAGCACGCUGUGGAUCAUUACGAUGCCCACCAUACGUUAAUGGACGUGAGCUGACAUGUGCUGUCUGCUCUAAAUAAAAUAUAAUAACGUAGCAAUCAUUUAAUAGGUAGAUGCAUGUUUUAUUUAGAGAAAACUUAUCACUUACCGGUUUUGAAAAUCUAAUCGUUCUUUUUAAAAUUCAAAUUAGAACAUGCUUUUAAGAAAAAGGUACGGUGUUCUCAUUUACUACCUUUUAGAAAUAAGUCCCUUUGUUAAGUUCUUUAUGCGCAUUUUAACAAAUACGUUGUUGUAUACGGCAAACCGCAAUAGAACAGUCAUUACAUGUUACAAUCUAGAGUAACGGCAAAACAUUAAAUUUUAAUGGCUUGCUCAUUUGCCUUACAUUUUUGAUAAAGUUACUCACAUAUCUAUCAUUAUGCGCUAUUCGAAUUUCAAAAAGGUGAAUAAAAGCAGUUUAAAUUACUUCCUUUGUAAUACUACUAAGAAAAUAGUACAUGGAUGAUGACGCUUUACUUCUAAUGAUCCUGACAUGUUAUUAAUGUAUUCAAACACGUUGCUAUAGAAACUGUAAUCAUUGAAUUGUACAUUCGAUUUGAAAAUACAUACAACGAAUUACAAAAUAUAUAUUGCUUUAUUAUAUGAUUAUAUUUUCAAGUUAAUGUCCGCCGUCAGUCUCAAUGUCAAGACUUAUAAAAGCUACAAAAAAAAAUCAUAUAACAUAUAUGUGAGAACUUAAUAUACUGUUACGUACUGCUUGACGUUUGGCUAAUAUUGCGUCAAUGUAAUACAAGGAGCCAAUCAAACCAAUCUUUUCCUUCGUUCGGCAAAAUAACGUAAGUAUUAUCUCAGUUUAUAUUAGAAAUAGAACGUGUAUAAGCAAAUUUGACUUUUCAUAUUUAAUCUUGAACACUUUUAGCUUGCCUGCUGACUGUGUUUGACUAUAAACAAUUCUAUUGCAAAAUAAACAUUUAUCCAGUCAUAGCAUAUUGCGUUUAAACUUUUAGUGACACCUUUAUGUCAAAUAAGAUAUGUUUAGUAUGCUACUAUAAAUUGUAUACAAAUAUAAAUAGCUAUAGAGAAAAUAAAUCAUAUCAUGAAAUGUCUGCAAGUACAAAGUCACUGAUUUUUUAUGCCCCAUUAUUUGUAAUCUUCACUCUGUUGAUGAUGCCCGCGACUCAUGAUUUUCUGUGAAUGCCUUAAUUGGAUAUGUUUCUUUAUAAAUAAAAUCAUCAUCAUAAUCAUCAUUUUAAUCAUCAUCAUCAUGCAAUAUGGAAAGCAAUACCACGUUUUACAACAAACAUACUAUCAAUAAAUUAUUCAUUAUUGCAAGAAAACUAUCUCGAAGUUGGUAUUUAUGUACAAUUAUGACAUCAAAUAGCGAAGUAAAAAGAUACAUAUGGGUAGCAAAAUUUACUUAUAUACUUAAACAUCGAUUUUGUUGAAUAUUUUCUACAUUUCCCCGAACAAAAUCAAAUGUGAACGAUAUCUGCGUGUAACAAAAGUAACAAUGUAAAUUGAAAAUUUUUUGUGUGAACCAAGUUGAAUAAAAAGAACAGCAAAUCUGCCUAUACAAUUACAACAAAGAAUACAUCAGUUGUCGCCCUUUAAAAAAACAAAUUAGUUUUCGGUAUGCUCUUUAAACACAGU